AUGUCUCAAUCAUGUUCGAUCGAGAAAUGCACUCGAACAUCACGUGGUCCGUGUGAUUGUUGUCAGCAAUAUCUUUGUUUACAACAUUUAGUCGAACACAAUGCCUUACUCAUUUCUCAACUGAAUCCCUUAACUGAUGAAAUUAAUGCACUCAGAAAUCGUCUCAAAACAAUAAAUAUUCAAAAAACAAUUGGUAAUAAUCGUCAAAAACUUGAAGAAUGGCGUGAAGAUUGUCAUAAGAAGAUUGAUUGUUUUUUCAAGAAAAAAUGCCAAGAACUUGAUCAGCUUGUUAAUGAAAUAGUUGACCAACAACAAGAAAAACUCAAUCAAAUUCAGACAAAGAUAAUUGACCUCAUCAAUGCACAAGAAACAACUCGACAAGAUAUCGAUCUAUUGACAUCAACCAUUGGCCAGCUUCAAACAAAUAUAAACAACAUUGAAAACAUAUGUUUUACGAUCAAUACUCGUCCAUUAGUAAUAGAUGACACGUUCAUCUUAAUUAAGAAAACUAUCGAACAUGAACUUGAUCUAUCAACUCUUUCACCUGUCUAUAGAACAAUUCAUCGUUCUGAAGAAAGUUUUCGAUCACUAACUUGCAAUGAUCAACACUUUUUGAUACAUCAGCAUCCAAAUUUAUGUUUAUUCGAUCGAAAAAUGAACAUAGUCAAGAAAAUGGUAUGGUCUUAUGGUGCGAUCCAGGACAUGUGUUGGUCGUCAACAUUAGAUCGAUUCAUUGUACUUGAAAAAAAUGGCAUCUUUCUCAUUAACGAAAAUACAAUGUCAAUCGAUAAUGUGCAUAGAAUUGGAAAACGACGCUGGAUAUCAUGUACAUCUUCUGACACGGUUCUUUUUUUAUGCACAGAUAAACGCGCUUCAUCUAUUGUGGAAUUCACGUUAUUUCCAAUGAUUGAGUUGAUUAGAGAAUGGGAAUAUCCUAUUACAUGUGCUAAAGAUGAAACUAUCGAUGGAAUUGUUUCCAAUAAGGAAAAUCUUGCGUUGAUGGUUGUGAAUUUAUCCAAUGAAUCGCUGCGUAUUGAAUUGAAGUAUACAAAAACCUUCGAUCGCAUCUGGACACUUCAACUUGAUACUACGUGUGUUCAAAAAAAAGUAUUUCGAUGUUGCUCACUCACUUGUAAUGAAUGGCUUAUUCUUGACUAUGAAACUGAACGUCUGAUUCAAAUUACAAAAGACGGAAAAAUAAAGAAAACAAUUCAAUAUCGUUCGAGGCCCCGCUGUGCUAUUCUGUUCGAUCAAAAUAAACUAGCGAUAUCGACUAUAGAUAAUGUAAAUCUGCACACAAUCCAAUAA